ACGUCAUGUCGGUCGACACGUUGUUGGUUUUUUGGCGCGAAAUUCCUCAUCCGAAGGAUCCGUAGUGAACGCGCGUGAGAAUGUAAACAGCGCUGAGUUUGGGAUUUAGUUUCGCAUUUCUUGUGAAGUUUGAUUGUCCGGAGUGUUGUAGAAAGUCGCCGAGCUGCUUCUCUGUACAGUUGUCUUGUUACAGCGUCUGUUUGUCGUGUUGAGCGUGUUUGAAUGGCAGACGCCAAUGAUAUGAGCGGAGGAGAGGAGAGCCAGGAGGAGCUGAUGACCCCCGCGGAGCUCAUCGCCAAACUAGAAGAGGCUUGGCUGAAUGAGAAGUUUUCUCCAGAACUGUUGGAGAACAAGUCCGAGUUGGUGGAGUGUGUGAUGGAGCAGAUCACACACAUGGAGGAAAAUCUGCAGCGGGUGAAGAAAGGUGAUGUGAAGGCCAGUGUGCAUCGCAUGGAGAUCGAUCGCAUCCGCUUCGUUCUGAGCAGCUAUCUGCGCUCAAGACUUCAGAAGAUAGAGAAGUUUUUCCCUCACGUUUUGGAGAAAGAGAAGUCACGUGCUGAUGGAGAUCCUUCAUUUCUUUCUCCUGAAGAGUUUGCCUUCGCUAAAGAGUAUCUGGCCAACACAGAGGUGUACCUCCGAAACGUGGCUCUGAAACACAUGCCCCCGAACCUGCAGAGCAUUGACAUGCUGAAGGCUGUUCCUGAGCCGUGUCUGGACUCGUUUGUGUUCUUGAGAGUGAAAGAGAGGCAGGAGAAUAUCCUGGUGGAGCCUGAGACAGAUGAGCAGAGGGAGUACGUUGUGGACUUGGACGAAGGUUCGCAGCACCUGAUGCGUUACCGUACUAUAGCACCUCUAGUGGCCAGCGGUGCAGUGCAACUCAUUUAAACCUGCAGAGAGAGCCUCAGGAACUGAAUGAAGACAUCACAGAGGAACAGAUCGCCUGUGUACUUCAUCCUUGCAUGCUAGAUGGCCAGCUGUGAACAUUUGUCAGCCUCUCAACACCUUGAACACAUCCAUUUCUUUGAAACCAAAAGCAUUUAUAUCUUAAAAUGCUUAAUUCUCAUCAUGAAACUGAAUUAAAAGCAGUAUGGAUUAUUAUUAUUAUUAUUGAGUUAAAAA